GGCUUGAUUUGGGUAUUUCCAAUAAAGGGGUCAGUGGUACUGCGCAUUUUUGCCUUUCCCGCUAUCAUAUAACUCAUACGCUGCAUUGAAAUGAUCAAAAAUCAUCUUUAACCAUGUGACAGAGGGAUUUGGGGAUUUAUGCGAAAUAAGCGCAAUUUAUUUUCCGAACAAAACAACCCGGAAAUGUGUGCUUUGCCAGCGCAUUCCCCCUCGCUCCUCUUCCUCUCGGUAUUGAAGUGAAGCCCUCGAACAGAAAGGAGACGGGGAUACGAAGUAGCGGUGAUGCGGGGCAUGAUGGGUCUGAGAUUGCUUGUCUCACUCGCAUGGAUUCUUGCCUUCAAAGCUGCUAAUAUUCAAGGUGUGAAUGCCGACGAGGAUCAGUCCCAAGAUAUGGAAUGCAAAAUGAAAAGCGUCACCGUGUCUGCGUUGCCGUUUUUGAGAGAAAACGACCUGAGCAUCAUGCAUAGUCCGUCGGCCUCCGAGCCCAAGCUUCUGUUCUCCGUCAGAAAUGAUUUCCCGGGAGAAAUAGUCGUCGUGGACGAUCUAGAAAACACUGAACUCCCCUUUUUCGUCCUAGAGAUCACGGGAAACUCUGAGGAUAUUCCUCUGGUGCGAUGGCGGCAACAGUGGCUGGAGAACGGCACGUUGCUCUUUCAUAUCCACCACCAAGAUGGCAGCCAGAACCUCCCCGGCCUCUCCGCCACGGACGACCCUGCCAGCGACUCUGCCGAGGAGGAGCUACGCAUCCUCCACGUCUCUGUCAUGGGAGGCAUGAUCGCUUUGCUCCUCUCCAUCCUCUGCCUGGUCCUCAUCCUCUACACACGCAGGCGGUGGUGCAAACGCCGCCGUGUGCCCCAGCCCCAGAAGAGCGCCAGUGCAGAGGCGGCCAAUGAGAUCCACUACAUCCCUUCGGUAUUGAUGGGGGGCCAGGCCAGGGAGAGCCUGAGAAACUCCAGGGGCCAGGGCCACAAUUCCAGCGGCACGCUCAGUAUCCGAGAGACUCCCAUCCUGGAUGGCUACGAGUAUGACAUCACUGACCUGAGACACCACCUGCAGAGAGAGUGCAUGAACGGAGGAGAGGACUUUGCCAGCCAGGUCACACGCACCCUGGACUCCCUUCAGGGCUGCAAUGACAAGGCCAGCAUGGACCUGACACCUGGUGAGUGGAGUGACAAUACAAAGUUGUCCCUAAUGAGCAAGUACAAGGACAACAUCAUCGCCACCAGCCCCAUCGGCAGCAAUCACCUGCAGCAGAACACUCUCCUCCUCCACAACACGUCCUCCACUGGCCAACGAAAACAACGUCUGUCCAGCAAAACUCGUGUGGGUUCAACCUUCUUGAACCCAGACGGGGACUCUGGCACGGAGGCCGACAGCGAACCUCAGCUGACCUUUUACACUGACCCCAAUCGCAGCAGGCGCCGCAGCCGAGGUAUGAGAAAUGGUAACGCCAACAGCGCGUGGGGCUCAGGGGCAGGUUCCCCACGAAGCCCCAUCAAUAAGACCACCCUGACUUUGAUCAGCGUUGUCAGCUGUGUGAUCGGCCUGGUGUACUCCUCACACCUCUCCUGUGGCGUCAACGUCAGGGUCAUCCUCCAUGUGCCCGAGCACCUCAUCGCAGACGGGUCCAGGUUCAUUUUGCUGCAGGGCAGUCAACUGGAUGCGUCUGACUGGCUGAACCCGGCCCAGGUGUUACUAUACUACCAGCAGAAUGCCAGCGGGCCUUGGAUCAAUGAGCUGUGUGGCCGCCGCAUUCUGGACCCCUGUGAACACCAGUGUGAUCCAGAGACAGGUGACUGUCUCUGCUUAGAUGGUUACAUGAAGGACCCGGUCCACAAGCAUCUCUGUAUUCGUAACGAGUGGGGUCCAAAUCAAGGACCCUGGCCUUACACUAUUUUCCAGCGUGGUUUUGAUCUGGUGAUGGGAGAACAACCAUCUGAUCGCAUUUUCAGGUUCACAUACACAUUGGGGGAAGGGAUGUGGUUACCAUUAAGUAAAAGCUUUGUCAUUCCACCUGCUGAGCUGGCAAUCAACCCUUCAGCCAAGUGCAAGACUGAUAUGACUGUCAUGGAGGAUGCUGUGGAUGUGAGAGAAGAGCUGAUGAUCUCCUCAUCGUUUGACAGUCUGGAGGUUUUGCUGGACUCAUUUGGCCCGGUGCGCGACUGCUCAAAGGACAACGGUGGUUGUAGCCGAAACUUCCGCUGCGUCUCUGACCGCAAGCUUGAUUCCAGUGGAUGCAUGUGCCCUCCUGGACUGAGUCCCAUGAAGGAUGGCACAGGCUGCUACGACCACCACAUUGGCAUCGACUGCUCUGACGGCUUUAACGGAGGCUGUGAACAACUGUGCCUCCAGCAACUCGCCCCCCUGGAGGAUGACCCCACCCUUUACAACAUCCAGAUGUUCUGCGGUUGUAUUGAGGAUUACAAGAAAGGUCAAGAUGGUCGUUCCUGCCAGCCCCUGUCUGAAGCCUGUACUGAGGGACUGGACUGUGGGGAGACAGCUGACAUCCCAGCCAACCAAACCGUUUUUGGGGAUCUCUUCUAUGGCUACAACAACCACACCAAGGAGAUCACCUCUGGGCAGAUCCUCAAAGCUACCUUCAGGCAGAAGAACUUUGCCCGAGGCAUCGAGCAGCAGCUCCCAGAUGGCAUGGUUGUGGCAUCAGUUCCAACCGAGGUGCAAUGCCACGAAGAGCUGUCAGACCCAGUCCCUGACCCAGACUAUCUCACAGGAAUGGUGAACUACAGUGAGGUCUCUGGGUACCCACUCAUCCAGCAAUGGCGGCUGAGGUCCAUCCUGUACCACGUCAAACUGAACCAGUGGGUACUCUCUCAAGCGUUCAGCUCUGCUAUCCACUCCCUGGACGGUGCCACCCUCCGCAGUGAUUUUGUCUCCAUCCUCAGGGAGUUUGGUAAUCACUUUGUACAAGAGGCAGUGUAUGGCUUCGAGGAGGCCUGCACUAUCUGGUACCCCAACAAGCAGGUCCAGAGGCAGCUGUGGCUGGAGUACCAGGACAUCAGCAAAGGGAAUUCCCCAUCAGAAGAGUCAGAGGAGCGCGACAAGGAGCCCCGGACCCUGACCUACCCAGCGUACAUCGCCAGCCUGCUGGACUCCGGUGCCAAGCGCAUGGCGGUGGGGGUGCGCAUGGACUGCAGCAGCCAAGGCCAGUGCCCGUACUCCUGCCACCUCUGCCAUAUGAGCCCUGGGCCUGGGCGUCCAGCUGAGCCUGUACUGCUCCAGAUGACUAAGGCCACCCCGCUCUACGAGCUGGUCUCCAACAACGAGACCUACCAGGCACUGCAGGAGGCCAUGAUGAGCAUGCUGUGGUGUUCUGGGAAAGGCGACGUCAUCGAUGACUGGUGCCGUUGCGACUCGAACGCAUUCGGGAUGGACGGCCUGCCAACAUGUGCACCUCUCCCCCAGCCUAGGCUCAGGUUGUCCCACUCCUAUGAGCCCAGCAGUUCAUUGGUCAUCAUGGAAUGGAAUCACACUGAGCCACUAAUUGGGGUGCGGAUUGUUGAUUACCUCAUCAGCCAGGAGAAGGUGACAGAGAGGACAGACCACUCCAAAGUGGAGACAGAGACGAUGUUGAGCUUUGUGGAUGACAUCCUGUCUGGGGCCAAGUCUCCGUGUGUGAUGCUUGGGGAUAUCCCUGACCUCUUGACCUCCUCCGUGAGCAUGAUCAUCCGCUGCCUGGAGCCAGACACGACGUAUAUGUUUAGGCUCUGGGCAGUGGACAACACAGGCCGUCGCUCCAGUCCUAGUGAGGUCACCAUCAAGACCCCCUGUCCUGCUGUGGAUGACGUCAAAGCACAAGAGAUUUCAGACAAGAUCUACAACUUGUUCAAUGGUUACACAAGUGGCAAGGAGCAGCAGACGGCCUACAAUGCGCUGAUGGAACUGGGCUCUCCCACCCUGCACCGUGUGCUCUACCACUACAACCAGCGUUACGAGAGCUUCGGAGAGUUCACCUGGAGAUGCGAGGAUGAACUGGGGCCCAGGAAAGCUGGUCUGAUUCUCUCCCAGCUGGACGACCUGAGUGGCUGGUGCAGGGGUCUUCUCCAGGAGUCCAAGAUCGGCCUGCGCAGGAUGUCCCUCAAGUACCUGUCCUGCCGUUACACAGACACCAAGGCCUUUGGUCUCAACUGGGUGGAACUGGGCCAGGAUGUGCGAAAGGCCUGCGACGAACAGAACCUGCUAGUCAUGUACAAUGAUUAUGGGGAGCCCAAAGAGCGUUGAACGUCACACAGCAAAUAAUGGGUCUUGAGGAUUUGUAAGUGUGUAAUUGUGCUUUUGGGAUUAUCAUCAUGUCUGCUUUUUAAUUAUUGUGUGUUCUAACCCUUAUUUAUUGUUAUAGGAACCUGAUUUCAAGGUAGGGUGGGUUUGAGAGGUGAGGAGGGUUUAUUUAAAAUAUUAUUAGAGCAAGAUAUAACAAUAAUGCACAUGUACAGUAACAAAGUGUAUAUGUACCUUUCUCAAUGCUUAAUUGCAUUUAGACAGCACUUUUCAUGACUUUUUGGACAUUUGGAAGUUUGGAAGUUGCACCAACAAUCCUGAACCCCAAAAAUGUAUAUAUUAGGAUUAUGAAGAUUUAGUUAUUUACUGUAACAUGUUGAAUGUAGUAUUCAAGUAUAAAUUCAUAUUUAAGCUGUUGUACAGGUCUUUUGUAUUUAGACAGUCCGUAUAUACAGCAGUGGUCAUUUCAGACGGUUGGGAGGUCAUGUACAGUGUGGCUCUAAAUGUUAAGUUAAAGUUGCCAAACCCAAAUGACAGUAUUUGCUACAUCAAUGAAUUCCUAAUCAUUCUGAAAUCAACAAAUGGCCAUCUUUGAAUCAGCAUUUCUAUUACAAAAUGAAAGAUAACAGCAAAUCAAUGUUUUAUAUUGUUUAUCUGUAGUAUGUUUAGAAAUGUACAUGUGUAUGUGUCUUAGGAAUAUACAUGAUGUGAUCCUGUAAAAACACUAAUACCUUUGAUACCUGUGUUUUACUACAAUACGCAAUUAAUAUAAACCAAAUGCCAACUGUUUUCUUCUUUUUUUCAAACAAUUACGCUCCUCACACACGUUGAUAAUGCAAUAGUUAUCCCCAUAACAUGGACUUGAAAACAAAUGCUUGCAGAUAGUUUCAUAGGUUCACCAAUGCAUCAAAUGACAACGCAGUGGUUAGCUUCUGUAAAUAUUUUAUUACAAAUUACAAAUUAUUUAUAUUAUAACAUUAAUAACAAUGGGCCUCGGCUGUAAGGAUAUGUCUUUUAUUAUGAGAAAACCAUUGGUUGACAUUGAUAGGUAUGCUUUUUUGUUUGUUUCAAUUUGCACACGAGAGGUGUGAGCAUUCAUUAUGUAUACAUGUUUUGUGUAUGCUUGCAUUAUUUUUGUUCUGAGACUGUUUCCCAAAAUAAUGGAGAGGUUUGUUUUAUCAAUACAAUGAAGUGGAAUUACAAAAAUGGACAGAUUAUAAGGCUUAACAAAUGUUAUUAUCCAUCAGAAGUGCAUCAGAAUUGUUACCAUACACAUCAUAAAGCUGAUGGAAACUAAAGCUGAUGAAAACUAACAAAAAUCAGCAUGUUAUACUAUUAUGUCUAUGUGGCUAAUCUAAUGUUCUCUUUUUCCCUUUGAUCUUUGCUAUUUCAAAGAAUAAUAAACAAUAUAUUAUGAAAUGUUGGAAUGUUGGAUGUUCCAAAAAAAAAGUUUCCUGAUCA